UAAUCAAUGUUUAUCUACACUUAACUUAAUUAUUAUUGUAGAAGAUCAAAAUUCAAAAAUAUGUAAACUUUUAACAGUAUUCUGACAAACCAGAAUCCAACACACAAAUUUGAAUAAUAAUAGUUGUGUCUUCUCGUCGAUCGCGUAUCGAUGUAUACCUAUGUUUUUUCGUAGGUGCCUAUGAGUCACCGUCUGCUCUCAUCGACAACGAAUUAACUUAUUAAUAUAAUAUCGAAUUCGAAAAUAUACAGCUCUAAAAUCGGCGUGUGACCGUUGUAAGACAAAAUAUUUAAACUCUUUUGACCACACACGUCCUUCUUUGUUAGUGUUGAUGCAUUUUGAACAAACCGACAACGCCUGGCAAUUAUCUGCAUAGUAGUAAGGAUUUUGCAUUAAUCAGUUGAUAAAUCAAUCAUUUCUCGUCAUGUCAGCAGACGAAGUAGAAUCUGAAAUCCAUUUCAUGAAAACUUACAGUAUAUUGAAAUGGGACGAACUAAUAAAGCUAAACGAUGACCGUAAAUCACUUAACCAAAAGAUUACGCUUGGAUUAGCUACCAAAGAGGAAUUGUUGAAACAAAUAAAAGUUGAAUUAAAUAUGUUAGAUACAUGUCAACUUAAAAUUGAUCAAGAAAUGAAAGAAAAUAACACAGUGUAUAUUAACACAGAAAUACUUACCAUUUUAUCAAAUCGUAUCAAUGAUAUGUACAACAAUAUGUUUCUACUAUUUCCUGUUGAAAAAACUUCAUUAACAGAAUAUAUUGAAUUCUGCUCAAAUAAUACAUUAUUUAUUACUAAAUGUAGCAAUAUGUUGAAUACGCUCAUGUUGAGAUACCAUAGUGAUCCUGAAGUGUAUAUAACUGCAGCAACAUAUGAGUUUGAUGACCGAAAUGAUGUUGAUACAGCUAGACAAUAUUUUUCAGAAGGGUUAAAAUAUCAUAAAAAUUGUAAACGUUUAUAUGUAGAAGAGUUCUGGGUAGAAGUACAACAUUUAGAAAAGACUGCAGGUGCCUCACUUUCGAUUGCCAUGGAAAAAUAUAGAAACCUCAUAAAACAUUUUGAAGGUGAUAUCAAAUUUCAUUUUAUAUUAUUGGACAAAGCAAUAAAAUUAAGUGCAGUUAGAGAACUACAAUGCAAUAUUGUCAGAGAUAUGGUUAGAAAGUAUAGGCAUAGUGAACUAAUGUGGCAAAAAUUAGCUAAAAUUCACUUUGAUGGGUUUAUCUAUCAUCAAGAAACUGAGCAAUUACACUAUGAUAAAAAUUAUAUUAGUGGUAUUAGAAACUGCAUUAAAACUUAUGAAGAUGGAUUAAAAGAAAAUUUACCAUUAAAAAAUAAACAUAAAUUAUGGAACUUUUAUAUUGAUCAUGUUAUAGAAAUUAGAAAAUCCUAUCGCAUGAAAAAAGAAACAAUAAGAAAUUUUAUGAAUGAAACAAUGGAGCGAACCUUUCAAGAAGCUCACAAUAACAAGGCAUUACGCAAAGCUGAACAUUAUAUUUAUUGGGCUAAAAACACAAAUAAAGACGGUCAUAGAAUUCUGAGAAAAGCAGUUGAAGUGUUAGAAGAUAGUGUAGAGCUCUGGAUUCAUUUAAUAUCAUAUUAUUUGAGCUAUGACAGUCUUGAAAUGGGCAUUGAAGCUUUUCAAGCUGGUGUUCGAGCUUUAACAAACAAAUCGAUGCCUUUAUGGGAAAUUCUAAUUUUAUACUUGGGAAACACUCAUCCAAAAUUGCUCCAACAAUUAUAUCACGAAGGCUCACAUUUUCCAUUCCCUGAAAUUAAUUUUAUAAUCAGACCUGAAUAUUUGGAAUGGAGCGUAGUUCACAAUGGAAUACUUUCAACUCGUGAAUUGUUCAUUGAACUUAGAGAUAUAAAACCAGAAUGUAAACAGUUGUAUACAACCAUGAUUUCAUUUGAACACACUCAGAAUUCAGGAAUUACCAAAUUGAGAACUAUCAGAAAAUUGUAUAAUGAUGUAUGCAAUACUUUUGGCCAAACAGACAUUAAAGUAUGGUCUGACUGCAUUCGUUUUGAAUAUAUGUAUGGUUCCCAUAAAUUAGUGAAAGAAAUUUAUAAGGCAUCAUUACUAUGUUUAGAACCAUAUUUAAGGAACGUUAUGACAAAAGAAUUUGAAAAACUUAAGGAGGAAUUUAUGGAGGAUGAUCCUAAAGAUGGAGGAGUUAUUAUUAUUGAUGAUGAUGAAUGAUUUUAUAGCUAGGAAAAACAAUUAUAUAG